AUGUCAGUUACAUAUGACUCGUCGGCCGCCUUGGUAAACGCUACUUGGGUAGCUGUUCUACUAAGUGAACGCGAUGUCGCCGGUCAAAUCCCACUCAAUUUCGUGACGAACCCCGCGGUGUCGCUGUCGGCUGCCUGCUUUGGAAAUGGCAUAUAUGAUAAAACUGAGGCGGCGCAAUGUGUGUCGAAUCUGCUAGCAAUUGGAUACCGGCGUCUUGGUCUCGACCUGUACUGGUCGCCGGACCGUAGGAAUUGGUCCUUAUGUCCGGUCUCUGUUCCAACUGAGGCCGACGUGAUAGUGUCUUCGGAGACAUCUACUGUGAGCAGUACCUCACAAUCUUCGACUGUCACUACAGCCGCUACGACUUCAACAGCUGAUGCGGAGCCCGCGACCAUCACCGGCUUUGACGAUUCACAUGGGAAUACCCUCUACGAGCUAGGACCGUAUAGAUGCACCGAUGAUCUGGACCCAUACAUGUUGGCUCAGAUACUUGCGGGUUACUUCCAAGACACCAAUUCGCGGUUGACGGUAUAUACGACGUAUCUCGUUCUCAAUCUUCAUGUCGCGGCAAGUGACUCGGCACCAGAUUAUCCGGCUUCUGCCGUCACUGGAGAUCAAUUGCCAUCAGAAAAUGAGCGAGUAGGCAGCAUACUUGGAACUGCCCUUAGGAACUUUAUCUACAGCCCGGUCCAGCUGGCAGCGGACCGAAGCAACUUGAAUGAGUCUUGGUAUAAGGUUGACCAGAGCUACAUGCCAAUUACUGAGUACUUCACUGUUCAUGAGAAUGAAGCAGGCGAACAAAGCACUCCGGAUGGCUGGCCGUCAUCAAAGUACAUCCAGCUGGCGAAGCGUGACCGGGUAUUUAUCGAAUACGGCUCGGUGGAUCCUCAGCUGGCGGACUACGACUGGUCUCUGGAUCAAGAUUCGAUCUUUCCUCCUGGAUACUUGACAUCUGCAGCGAAUCUUUCCGUCACAACCAACGGCACCCUCACAUCAGGCUGCCUGUAUGAACCGAAAGCUACAGCUGUGUCUCAGGCCAAUUCAUCAUGGGCAAUGACCCAUGGUAUACCUAUUCCGGGUGGUCUACCCAUACAUGAUACAAUGGCAUCUAUAUCAAAUGCCCUCUCCGAUAUCACAUCCUGUGGUAUUUCGCCAAUACUAAACACCACUCUUUUUGGUGAAACUGCCGACGCCAAUGUUGAACACUACCGCAAUUUUUCCCUUUCGACAUCUUGGGCCUGGGCCUUAGGUGAGCCUCGCGAUGCCACUUAUGGUGGUGGUGGUGAGGGUGAUCCAAAGUAUGACCGCUGUGCCAUCAUGGAUCUCACAUCUGACGGUCAAUGGCGGUCUACAAAUUGCACUGAACAGCGGCGCGGUGCCUGUCGCAUUGGCAACUCGCCCUUCUCCUGGGUUCUAUCGGACACAUCUACAUAUUUCUCCAAUGUGUCAGAUACAUGUCCAGAAGGAACGAGCUUCGCUGUACCUCGCACAGGUCUCGAAAACAAAUAUCUUCAUAAACAUCUUCUUUCUUUGCCAGAAAAGGAUAUCAAUCUCGCUUCUACGGACGCUGUUCUGCGCGAGGUCUUUCUCGACUUUAAUUCUAUUGAUGUUACUUCCUGUUGGGUUUCCGGUGGCCCUAAGGCUGCUUGUCCCUAUGCCUCCGAUCCGCAGCAAAUCGAGCGCAAAACUGUGCUUGUUGCUGCGAUUGCCGGUAUCAUUAUUCUCAUUAUUACGGCUUUGACUUUCUUUGUCAAGUGCAAUGCCAACCGUCGGAAUUCGCGACGCGGAAAACGUGUUAUUGAAGGUUGGGAAUACGAGGGUGUGCCCUCGUGA